AUGGGAAAAAAACGUGUUUGCCUUACAGUCAUCAUUCAAUGGUAUGACUUCACAACAUUCCACGGCAUAAAUAAGGGCAGACAGAUGUAUGUUGUAGCCCAUCGAUGGCGGCGGUCUGGAGCUAGUUCGGAGAAAAUAUCAAGAAACAAGGCAAUCGCACGCGACGUCAUCAAAUGGCUCUGUCGUGAUGAAGUUAUUUUCCAACACAUGAAAAAUCCAGGCGAUCCUACCAAGCUCCGGAGUGUGAAGGGUAUUCUGCAGAGGUUUAAAGAAAAGGGGUAUCUGAAUGAUCAAGUCGAAGAGGCCCUUUUACUAGCAGGCGAAUCCAAGAUUAAGCGAAUCUGGAGCUCGGAAUCUUGUCAGAAACCUCUUCCUGGGUCUGCUGAAGAACGCAAACCGGAUAUCAUACUCCUGCCCAACGACCCUCUCGUUCAGGACUGCGUCGUGUCUUCACGGCUUGCUGAGAUGAAGCAGCACGGGGAUGCACGCAACUUUGUCAUCGUCUUGAUGUUUGUGGGUGAAGCGUUUACUUUUGCAUUUUUCGAUCGCGGAGGAGCGGUUUGCCUUGACAUGCUAAGCAUCGUGGAUGAUAAAGAGGAAUACCUUCGGCUUGUUCUAUACUUAUCCCUGGCCGAUCCUGGUUGUAUGGUGGGCCUCGAGACAUCUAUCAUGCAGAACAAAGCUGGGCGAUUUAUACGAUCGAGGGUUUUCGGUCCCAAGGUGCCAAUCAAUAUGGUACUCUUCAUCAGCAAUAACAUUCAUGGACGCGGCACCGUGGCUCGUCACGUCACACUGUCACUUGGUGGGUUUUGGGGUGCCAUGGAGAAAUGGCUUAAGGGAAUGGAGAAGGAGGUGGAUGUGGUGGUUAAAGAUACCUGGGUUGAUCUUACCGCACCUCACACAGAAGGCAUGAUUCUCAAUUACCUUCGACUCAAAGGCGUCCAGGGUGUUACGCGUUUACUCUUUGAGGGACUUGUUGCUGGCCCUGCCUCACCACCUCCACUCUUCCAAACUCAUGAUCGUCCUGGCAUCGGUUCCUUGAAGGAUAUCGGCACAAUAUCCCAGACUGGCGACAUCAACGUGUGGAGCAGCACUGUCUACAACCGCUCUUUUUGGGGUGUUCCGACGCUAGCCUUGGCAACAAGAGCAUGGCUAGGAGGUCGGCAACAUAUGACCGCCGCCAUCCUGUGCCUGAAGGCGUCACAGUACCAAAGCUGGAACCUGUGA